CGGAAGCGGGCAACAACUUAGACGUGUUGGUCACUCGUACCCCAAAGACUAACUGGCUGAUACACGAUUCAUGGGUUGAUAGGUUAAGUUGGGCUGGACUUCUACCCUUGGCACGGCUGGUUGAGGGUACAUUGGAUGAGUGGAUUGAUGGUCCGGACUUAGAUGAGGCAGGUGAACCAUUGCAGUUACACAAGAGGCAAGUGAGACGUUUCUCUUACGACAAGUCACUCCUUACCUGCUUAGUAGAUAGAUGGAGACCAGAAACACAUACGUUUCACUUUCCUUGGGGAGAGAUGGCGCCUACUUUACAGGAUGUGUCUUACUUGUUGGGAUUACCUCUGGCCGGUGCUGCCAUAGGUCCCUUAGAGGCAGAAUCUGGGUGGCAAGCAGCGAUGCAGACCCGUUUUUUGGCUGCAGUCCCGACUGCUAGGGCUAUAGACAACGAUCCUCAUGGACCUCUUUUUAGAUGGUUGAGCCAGUUUCAGAUUGUCUCGUUAGGACAUCCCGACGUUCAGUUGUCGGAGGCUCAGAUUGACCGGUCCCUAGAGGCAUAUAUUCUUUGGCUAUUCGGCAAGACAAUGUUUACGGAGAACCACGUGACCACUGUCGAUGCACGACUCAUCGGUAUUGCACGAGAGAUAGCUGACGCACGUUGCCCUGCGGAUAUUCUACAGAGGAGUUUUGGUUCUGCUGUGUUGGCGGCUACGUACAGAGGCCUGUGCAAAGCUUGCUUGUUGAAGUCUAGAAAAUCUAGUCUUGUUGGAUGUCCAUUAUUGUUGCAGCUUUGGUCAUACGAGAGGUUCCCUAUUGGACGACCCUAUGUCUACAUUGAUAAACCUUUUGGUUUGGAGGACUUAGCUGGGACUUAUGUGCCUGCUAUCGGCGACUUACCUACUAUGGGAUCUGUUUGGACACGGCGAGAGUUUGCGCAUACUCAGGUUAGGGGAUGCUACCCGUCCUUCAUGGCGCAGUUUGAUAGUUUGCACGAGGAUCAAGUUAUUUGGGAGCCAUACUCGCCUCAGGCUAUAUCAUCGAGGUACCCAGUUGGGAUUUCUGGAUUGUGCACUAGAGAUCGGCACUUUUGGAUGACCAAGGCCAAGUUGGUGUUCGACGUGACGGUUGAGGAGAUGUCUCUUCAUAGGGUGAUGAGACAGUUCGGUCUAUAUCAAGAGCCUGCGAUUCCAGAUAUUCCACACUUGCCAGACCACGUGCACAAGGACAGUCGCCUAGGAGGAAACAAGUCCAUGACUUAUUGGCUUGAGAGCAUUACCCCUUACGUUGACGAAUGGACUACCGCUGCGACAAAUAUCUGGGGUGAGGUUCGGCCCUUUAACUGGGAAAUGUUUGGGUUGUAUCUGCAGCGUUACCGGCAUACAACGAGGAUCUACUUGGUUCCAUCAGCUGCUACUGAUCAGAUCGAAGCCCCUCUCACCAGCGAUAUGUACCCAACUGCCUCUGUUGUGGGAACCAGACACCACGCGGGUGACUUGACAGUACAGGCGCGAGAGGAGGUUUCCGCUUUAAUGCGGCGCUUUCAGAGGGGAGAAACUAUCCCACCGCGAGAGGGCGUCUCAUGGUUGAGGCGUCUUGAUGACAAGCUACGCGGGAUUUACGCAGCUGUCACGUGUAGACGGACUUCGGAUGUUGCACUUCCUCCUCCAGCACAUCCCAGGGAGAUCUUCCUGCCAUGA